UGCCUCGGCCCCGCCCCGCCCCUGGCAGUCUCGCCGCGCGCGGAGCUCUCGCGAGAGCGGGGCGAGCGGCCGGGCGCGGCCCGCCAGCAGCUGGGCCCGCGCGCCUGCAGCCGGCGGCGCCGCCUCGCCUGCGCCCGGCCCCGCGCCUCGGCCCGGCGCCUCGCCAUGAGCUUCCUCUUUGGCAGUCGCUCUUCGAAAACCUUCAAACCCAAGAAGAACAUUCCCGAAGGCUCCCAUCAGUAUGAACUCUUGAAACAUGCCGAAGCCACUUUGGGGAGCGGUAACCUUAGACAAGCGGUUAUGUUGCCGGAGGGAGAAGACCUUAACGAGUGGAUCGCAGUUAACACGGUGGAUUUCUUCAACCAAAUCAACAUGUUGUAUGGGACCAUUACAGAAUUUUGCACAGAAGCGAGCUGUCCGGUGAUGUCUGCUGGACCAAGGUACGAGUACCACUGGGCAGACGGCACCAACAUAAAGAAGCCAAUUAAAUGCUCGGCUCCAAAGUACAUCGAUUACUUGAUGACGUGGGUUCAGGACCAGCUGGAUGACGAAACGCUCUUUCCUUCAAAGAUCGGUGUCCCUUUUCCCAAGAACUUCAUGUCGGUGGCCAAGACGAUCCUGAAGCGGCUGUUCCGCGUGUACGCUCACAUCUACCACCAGCACUUCGAUUCCGUCAUGCGGCUACAGGAGGAAGCGCAUCUCAACACCUCCUUCAAGCACUUUAUCUUCUUCGUGCAGGAAUUCAACUUGAUCGACAGGCGGGAGUUGGCUCCUCUGCAGGAACUGAUCGAAAAGCUGGGCUCGAAAGACAGAUAAACUUUCCCCGGGGCGGCUGCGGCCAUUUCUUUUUGCUUCGCACGCCGGCCACUUUUCUGCUUCGCCUCCAGCAAGGGGAACAGCGAGAAGCCGGACGGCGCUCGGCAGAGCCCAGCUCGCGUCUCGGAGGCCUCUGGCAAAACCCGGCUUUACUCUGCAGCCCGGACGAUGGCGGCGCUAGCCGAGCUGCGGCGCCUCUGGCACUAUUUAGUCCAUUUUUUAAACUAAUGUCUAAUGCCAGUCUGGUCUAGAAAUGGGACUCAAGCUGCAAAACUCCCCCAGUUUGUUUCCCAGCCAAGUCCAGACCCGGUGUGUUGCGAGCAAGUGCAACUGCUGUCUUGAAGAGGAGGAGCAGAAGGGGCUGCAGUUUCCCCCUGGACCUCAGCGGAUGCAGUGCCCACAGUGCCCGGGACGAGCUGGCAGCCACCUAUAGCUCUAUUGGAAAUGCUUCCUGGAUUGUAGGUGCACUUUGGAUACAUGAGCCUUAAAGCCCCUUCCUGGCAGCUUGGGGGGGGGAAGUGGCAGGGGAGGGGGGAAAAAGAAGUGCCUCAGUGCUCGGGCCAUGCUCCCUGUCCCCAGGGCAGGGGCCUCCAGCAGUAGCAGCUUUUCUGUAUCUCAACCCUGGGGGGGGUUUCCCCCCCCCAAAAAAAGGCAAUAAAGUUUCUCCUUCCUGCUU